AUGCCGAGCCGCUCCGACGAUUCGCUGGAUUCACUCUUUCAUUACGAGCCGAGCCGCGUAGAUGUCGAGGCGAGAGGUACAACAGAAUCUUCCGAGGCAUCUGUUUCACCGACCCCUUCCAAUCGUUCACCGACCCCCGGGAUCCCGUUCCUGAUGAAGAUAUUGAUCACGCCGCACUCAAAGCCGAGGAGGAGGCAUUUCCCUUUGCCCUAUUCGAGGCAAAACAGGCAAAAGCCUGACCCGCCUGGCUCUACACUUUUCUCCCUUGAAUCGUUCGAGGCGUUGAGGCAUCGCUUCGGGAUAUCCGAGGCGGUGGAGUUUGUCGUUCCAGAGAAAAGCGACCGAGCCGACAAGCCUCUAGAGAAUCACUUCACUUUGUACGAGGCAUUUCUCAAACUUUGCUUUCUCUGGUUCCCGAUCCCCGGAGUGAUCCUCGAAUAUCUCUGGAAACACGGGAUCUCGAUUGGGCAAAUCUUGCCGAGGGGAUUACGGCAUAUGAUCGUUCGGAGCUUUCUUCCCCCGAUUCCCGACGACCUCUUUACUGUUCGAGACUCUCUUUCGGCGCGGAAGGUUAACUGGAGGAAGAAUUUUACCCUCGAAAGAGUAGAAAAAGCACGAGCCAUCCUUGCCAGAGUCCCUGUCAGCUCUUCGUCCUCCAGUUCUUCAAGAGAUACCCGAGAGAAGAUGGUGAUAAUCACUCUCAGAGACAGGAAGAGGCGCGAGGAAGAAGAGGCCGCGAGACGAGCCGCCGAGGCGGCUCAAACGCAGACCAAGGCCGUCCCUCAGUCUGAUCAGCCGAGCCGGGAAGAAGGCGAAACGGUCCGAGCCGUGGAUGCAAUCGUUACCGAGGCGGGCGAAGGAGGAGCAGCGCCCGAGCUGGAACCGGGCGAGAUUAUCCCCGAGGCGUCCAAAGAUGAUUCGGCGGCGAGGAGUAAAACUUCUUCAAACUCCGCAAUCCUUGCCCUUCCCAAGUCGUCGAGGCCGCCGACUUCGGUUGUACAGAAGCAUGACCCGAGCCGUAAGCGUUCGGCUGCUGACAAAGGGAAGGGCGUCGCCGUUCGAAAGGACGAGCCGUCGAUGAAAAAACGCAAGUCGACUCCUGGUGAUCCCGCCGGACGAAAGUUGGUUGUCGAUGACCCUGACGCCUCGGCGGUGAUGUUCGUGCGCGUCAAUAAUGCGAAUACGCGUCUUCCUCCCCCAGAGAAGUUGAGGAGACCGAGUUUAGCGGCCAUCAACGAGCUGAUGGCUGAAUAUGAGGCAGACCUGUCUAAGGUCGAACGCCGCUUUGACGAGGCUCGAAAUAAGGAGGCGAGGAGAGCAAAAAGCGCCGAGGUGGCGUUGCUCAAAAGGCGUAUUGAGGCCAAGGAUGCUCUGUUCGAGGCCAAGGUCAAACGUGCGAAGAAGGAGGCGAGGCGAGAGCUGACCGCUAAGUUUCAGGAGCGCCUCGCCAAAGUGGAAGAGGGUCUGGCCAAGCUCGAGAAGGCCAAAACCGACGAGAACGAGCUGGGGCAAAUCAAGGGUAACCUUGCGAUGAUUGCCGUUCUGAAGAAACCAGACGCCACAACGCUCGAUGAUGAGGAGGCGCAGCUAAAGAGCUGGGAGAGCGAAUAUGCCGACGACGAUGCGUAUGAGCGCAUUGCCUCCGAGAUUCGAGGUGAGCUGGUUUUCUCGCCCGUAUCGCCGGACUCAGUCGACACCAGCUUUGGUAACGAACCGCUUGAGGAGACGGCGGCCAAACUAGGCGUCGCGGAUCCGAACAAAUCGAACGCGGGGACGCCGGCCCUCUCAAACCUCCUUGCCGAGUGCGAAACGCAGUCCGCGGCCUGA